GGCGCAUCGAAAAAGGCCAGUCUGAUGUCUCAAUGACACAACAACAACUUCCUCAGCAAAGGAACACUCUUCCUGAGGUGGGACCCUCUCGACAACACCGUUCUUUGAAUCCUGAUCUUUCAAUGGAAGAGUUUCCCGGUUCUCCGUCUCAUUCGAUUGGUACAAUUGCUCCAGUUCAGUUUCCUGCAGCUGUUACUGAAGCAGUACCUACACAUUCAGUGAAUGUUGGUUGUGAUGAUACGAUGGAUGAAAAUGUUGAGUCUAACAUUAACAUUGAGGAGUUGUUACCGAAUCAUGAGUUAGUUGGUGUUGAUUUCCAGUUUCGAGUUCAUCAAGACCUUCUCUGCCAUGUUCUCCUCCGUUUCAUAAUGUUGAUGCUCUUUGGGGAACUAAGCGUACUAGUGGCGGCUGAGCUAUCUUUUGGGAUCACCAUGGUCAUAUUCAAGUUUGUACUUCCUCGCUCAAUUAUUCUGAUGUAUAUAUCCGAGAAGGCUCCUAUACUUACUGUAUCAGUUAUGUCUAUGGUAUUCCAUCUAAGAGAUUACGGCAAGGUUUUUGGCGGCAUAUGCAAUGACGGUCACCAUUGUAUCAUAUCGAAUGAUAAGAAAGUUGGAGGUCCUCUGCGUUCUGAAUCAAGCUUUGAAGUUUUUUGCAAUAUGAUUGUCACUAAUACUUUGCAAGAUCUGUGUACUAUUGGUGGCAGCUAUAUGUGGGUUGGUUCUAGAUACACGCAUGUGGUGCGAACGAAGAUAGAUCGUGAUAUGGCCAACACCUUAUGGACAGAUAUGUUCCCCUGGGCGUAUGCUCAGUUACUGCAUUGGAUGGGCUCUGAUCAUCGCCCUUUAAUGGUUUAUACGGACUUAAAGAUC